AUGGUGUUCGACGAAUUGAAGGAGAAAGUAACACCGAAGGACCCAUCCCGCGAGACCUCACCAAAUCGCGGGACAUCUCUCCCACAAAACGAUGCCAUACCCGCGGAUCGCAAAGGGCUGCGCGAGUGGCAGGCGGAAGUCAAUAUCGACCGCGAUGCGCAGAUCAGGCUCACGAGGGUAGCGCAUAUGCGGUAUCAACAUCCUGAUUUGGAGGAGAUUACUACGUUUUUGAAAGAUUUCGGCAUGACAGUUGCGAAGAAGACAGACACGCAACGCUGGUUCAAGGGCUACGGCACAGAUCCAUACGUUUAUUACGCCCAGAAGGGGGAGAAGGAGUUCCUCGGCGGCACAUUCGAAGUCGAAAGCCAUGCUGAACUUGAAAAAGCCACAAAACUCGCCGGCGCGUCUCCAAUCCUCGACCUGGCCUCCCCGUCCUCAGGCGCCAGCGCGCCGGGAGGAGGCUCGAUGGUAACCUUGACCGACCCAGAAGGCUUCCCGAUAAACCUCAUCCACGGCCAGACGAAGAGCGCCGGAGGUCCCUUCCCAGAGGUCCUGACGACAAACUAUGAGACGCAGAAGCCACGUGUCGCACGCUUCCAGCGCUUCAAGCCGGGACCUGCAGCAGUGCAUAAAUUAGGGCACUACGGGCUCUGCGUGAAGGAUUUCCCUACGCAGCUGGAUUGGUAUGUGAGGACGUUCAAUCUUGCGCCUACAGAUUUCUUGUACGUGGAGGAUGGCGAUGGGGCGGACGAUCCGGGAAGGAGGAAGGAUGUAGCGGUGUUCUGCCAUAUUGAUAUUGGUGAAGAGUAUACAGACCAUCAUACUUUCUUCAUGUCUGGGAACCCGACGGCGCAUGUUCACCAUUGUUCAUUCGAGGUGCAUGAUUUUGAUACGCAGAAUUUGGGACACGAGUGGUUGGCUGGGAAGGGGUAUACGUCUGUAUGGGGGGUUGGGAGACAUAUUCUGGGGAGUCAGUUGUUCGACUAUUGGUGGGACACUACCGGGAACAUGGUGGAGCAUUAUGCGGAUGGGGACCUGGUAAAUGAGGAUACACCGGUUGGGUGGGGAAAGGCUGGCGAUGAGAGUUUGGCGGUCUGGGGUCCUGAGGUACCAAGUUGGUUCUUGAAUUAGAGAACAAGAGAACAGAGUCCGAACAAUCUGUCGAAGCCAGCGUAGAUGACGAUACUAUAAAGAAGUGAAAAGUAAUGCCAUGAAGCAUGAUCGACCGACGAGGGCGCUUCUAGACCACGAAUCAUAUAUCAUUUUCGGGCAGGAUCUGCUCAGACACC